CUAGUCAGAACAAGCAGCAGUCCAUGCACAUUAAUCUUUAGUGCCGGGACUAAAAGCAACGCGAUAAGAUUUCAAGUGAAAUGAAGCGAAAAAAUAACAAUAAUAAAUAAAUACAAUAAAAAUACCUUAAACUGCAGUGGAAAAAAAGUAGCAGAGUUCAAUUAAGUAUUAAUUAAUAGUUAAAUAAUUUGUUAAAAAAAAAAACAACAGCAACAAUCAGUGGCAACAGAGUUAAAAAAAACCGGCGAAGAAAGUAAUUAAAUAUUGUAAAUAAAACGAAGUGAAAUUUAUCCAUUAAAGGAUAUUGAAUUGUCUUUUAAGGCAGGUUUUAUAGCAACAAAAAAAUAUAAACAUAAACAAACCGUUAACUGAUGAAAUCAUAUGUUUAUGCUAAAUGAUACAAAUAUUCUCAACAAAACAGUGAGUUGUGACAAACGUGCUUGACAAUCUACUGUUAAAGAAACGGCGAACAAAUUGCAAUAAAUAAUUAAAUUUUCACAAAUUUCACGGAAAAUUUAAUAAAAACAAAUUAACAAAGAAAAUGUACUAGUCUUUGAAUAAUAAAAUAAAGUAUAAAAUAAAUUAAUUAAUAAAUAAAAUUAAUUAAAUUGUUAUUAUUUUUUAAAAUGGAUUUCGAUCAAGUAUUAGAAGAAAUCGGUGAAUUUGGCCGUUAUCAAAAAACCAAUUAUUUAUUAAUAUGUCUACCGGUCAUGUUUGCCGCGGCCAAUAGUUUAUCGUAUGUUUUUACAGCCGGUUCACCAGCUUAUAGAUGCUUAAUACCUCAGUGUGAUGAUUUGCAACAGCAACAAUUAUAUCCUCAUUGGCUGGUUAAUGCUACUCCGGGUACUUACGAUAAAAAUGGGGUUUUUACUCCCGAGUCUUGUUAUCGUUAUCGGCUAAAUGAUUCGGCAAGUGUUAAUAGCUUGGGACAAGAGUGUCCUCGUGAUAUGUUUUAUAGUGACUUAAAGGAACGUUGUUUUGAGUGGGUAUUUGAUGCAGAGGAAAGAACAAUUGUACAGGAGUGGGACUUAACUUGCCAAGAAAAUGCCUGGAAAUUGGCAUUUGUUGGUACAAUGCAUUUUGCGGGCCUGGUGGUUGGCACAGCUGGCUCGGGCUAUUUUGCAGAUCGAUACGGUCGCAAAAUCAUCUUUAUCGUUUGCAUCAUAUUCAUGGCCAUAACAGGUGUGGCUCAGGGUUUAGCUUGGGAUUAUAAUAGCUUCUUAGUAUUUGCUUUUCUAAAUGCUGUCGGUACUUCGGGUGUUUAUCCUUUAGCAUUUAUUAUUGGGGUCGAAAUGGUGGGGCCGAAGAAACGUGAAAUGUCCUCGAUUGUCUUAAAUUAUUUCUAUGCUGUGGGUGAGGCUUUAGUGGGUCUAACGGCCUGGCUAUUACACGAUUGGCAAUUGUUGCAGUAUGCUCUCUCCAUACCACCGUUAUUUUUUAUAGUCUAUUAUUGGCUAGUGCCUGAAUCAGUAAGAUGGUUGAUUGCCCGCAAUCGUAAAGAGAAGGCGGGUCAAAUUAUACGUAAAGCGGCCCAGGUUAAUCGUAAAGAGCUGUCAGUGGCCUUGUUGGCAAAUUUUCAAACGGAUAAUUCUAGUGAAACUACUACAAACAAUGGUGAUAUGAAGUUGGGUAAAGAUAAAGAGAAAGCGGAAAAAUAUGAAAUCUGGUUGGCAGUAAAGGAGGUGUUUAAAUCGAAAACUUUAAUGUUUAGAUAUACGAUCAUGUUGUAUAUAUGGGCCAUUAAUGCGGUGGUUUACUAUGGUCUUUCCCUUAACUCUACUAAUUUAAGUGGUAAUAAGUAUUUCAACUUUGCUUUGGUAUGUCUGGUGGAAAUUCCCGGCUAUACUUUGGCUUGGAUUUCACUUAAUAAAUUUGGUCGCCGUCUUUCAUUAACUGGUUCAUUAUUUCUUUGUGCCAUAACAUGUGUAGCCGGGGGUUACAUCACCAAAGUUGAAACUAACAUGGAAACACGUAAAAUUUAAAUGAAGAACAAAAAU